AGUCUUAUGUCAAUUCUCUCGUAACACUCGUCUUUCAUAAAUAAAUAUGUAUUUCACCAUAAAUAGUAACAAUAUAUAAAUUCAUAGCAGUGUCAAUAUCGAUAUAUAUAUGUCAACAUAAGUGUAAUUGUCUAUAAAAAAAAAAAUAAAAUAAAAUAAAAAUAAAAAAAAAAAUAAAACCUUUUCUAAUCCAGCAUUUAAAGUAAAAAAAAUAUUUUUAAAAUGUCUUUGCUCUCUAGCUCUCGCGUACACGCUGUUUAUUUUUAGUAGUUUUUUCUUUUCUUUUUGUACCAAUAAAUUAGUAUUUAGGCAAUAACUGGAGUACAGUGAAUUAUUUAUUUAAAUAAAUAAAUAAUAAAAUUUAUUUAAAAUAUUAAUAUUUAAAAAUGGCUGAAAGUGAACCGCGAAAUGAAGAAACAAUAACCAUAAAUCCUGUAGUACAAGGACAUCCUUCAUGUAAUUUAAUAAGACAAAUUGGUUAUGUACCAUGUACACCACCACCUUCGUAUCCCAAUAUCAAUUUACCGCCAGGACAUCCGGCAAAUUUAAUAAAUGAUCGAGGCGCACCACCUUCAUAUGAAGAAGUCAUAGAUCGUAAUGCUCCACCACCUUCAUACGAUUCACUUUUUGGUCGUAUGAGAGAAGCCCAUAAAACUUCUAAGGGCGUAUUUGACUUUUUACUUAACAUCGUAGUCCUACUUUUGGGCACAAUUGGCUGUACAAUAAUAAUUGGCGUAACAAUCGUAGUACCAGUAUGUAUGAUGAUAAUCGGUGCGAUGUAUCUGUACGAUUGUCCACAAGGAGAAUACAUUCCAGUGUAUUUGUUAGUCGGUGGUGGUUUCGGUGUAUUCAAACAAUUAUUAUAUUUAUCAGCACGUGUCCGUCAGCGGCCAGAAGAUCGCGAUGAAGAGAGAAUACGUCAAUCACCAACAUUAACGUUAAUUAAUUGCUUUACACUUGGAUGGUUUAUUAUUGGUUCAAUGUGGGUUUAUAAAGAGUAUGAGCCAAAUUAUGAUCCAUCAUUAGGUAAAUACUGUAAUAAAACGCUGUAUUUAUUUGCAUUUUGGUUAAUAACUUCAGUUUAUAUAUGUCUGGGCGUAGUUACCGUAGGAUUAUGUUGCAUUUCAGUAGCAAGUAUUACUUUCCAAAGACGACCACCAGAUCGUCUAGUCGCCAUGUGAAAUAACGUUAUUGCUAUUUCGUUUAUAUGAACAAAUUAACGCACAAAUUUUUAUUUUUUUUUUUAAACAAAAAUAACGUUUUAAUUUAUACCUUUUAUCCUUUUGAUAAUUAAUGUGCCAUCGGAUUAAUUUAAAUAUAUAAUUAUAAUAAGUUAUAUUUGAACAAUCAAUAGAUCAAAUUAAUAAUAAUAAUAAUAAUAAUAAUAAUAAUAAUAAUAAUAAUAAUAAUAAAUGGACGGGCUGUGGAUUAAUUUCUUUUUAUAAAUACUCGGGUGCCAACUGACAAUUUUUUUUUUUAUAUUUAUUAUAUUAAUUACAUCGAUGUAAUUAAUGUAUUUUUAUUUAUAAAUAAUAUUUUAAAUUUAACAAUACUCUUAUUAAAUAAGUAGUAAAGACUGUAAAGCAAAUAAUUUUAUUUUUCC